AUGGAGCCGACAACUCCGGCUUCCGAAGACGUCGAGAUGAACCUGAGCGCCGAUGACCCACGGUCGUAUACCGAACCUCCCCCCCAUAUAGCUGCACGGUUCCACCGCAAAUCCUCUGUGCGCCGAAAGUCCUCUGCGAACUCGUCUCGUCGAAGCUCGCUGUCAUCGAUCCACUCUCAUUCCUCCGCGCUGUCGAGCCAUGGCGGACCCCGCAGCACGCACAUCGCGCAACAUCUUCGACGAGCUUCCAUAAUUGAGAGCCGAAAGGCUCGCCUGGCGGACCGCGCCGCACAUGCUGAACAGGUCAGGCUCCGGGCGGCUGCCGCAAAAGCAGCGCAAAGGGUGUCAUACAGUGAGGAGAAGGCGUUGGCCGCGCAGGCGGCGCGGGAAAAAUUGCUCGCAGAGAUUGCAGCCCGUUGUGAGGAGGAGGUGAAGCGGGCCAAAAAGAUUGCUGAGGAGACCAAGGAGAAAAAGGCCGCUGAAUUGGCCAGACUCAAGGAAGAGAUGGCCGAGAAGUAUGCGGAGGCAGACAGACGGAGGACUAUGUACCAGCAAGGCACACGGCGGUCGAGGACAACUUCACUGGCUGCGGUCGAGGAGAAGAAGGUCACCCCAACAGCAUUGAAGCGAACGAAUCGCGUCUACGCUGCCAAAGUCAUCCAGCGGUCCUGGCGGCGAUACCACACGCGCAAGAUACUCUCGGAUUUUUCGGCCCUGGGACUCGAUCUGCAGCGAGCGAAAGGGCUUUCUUUCGAAGAAUUGACACAAUUUAUUUCCGACCAACGGACCACUGUUGCCACAGCGUCCGUUCUCAGACAUUUAGGUGUCCUUGAUAACGGCCAGGAAGACACCGGCGUUGUCCGGGUUUUCCUGAGUGCAUAUCUUAUCCUCACACAUCCGAUGCAAGCUUUCAGCCAUGGUGGGAGUCAACCCCAGGAGCAAGAGCUCAUGGCAAAAUCACGUUCGCUGGUCGACGCUUUCGACUCUUGCAUUAAGAGCGUGACGACUCAGUCACAGCCCGCGGUCGAGGCCUUCUCCUUCGCCUUGAACGACUUUACCUCGACUUUCCACGCAUGGAAAAGCCAGGACUUGGGUGUUCUUGUGGACAUCAUGGUCAGUUCAUUUGUCAACUUGGACUUGAUUCUGCAGGCCACCAAAGAUGAUCACCACGGCCACGUUGCCGAGGACUAUCUUGAUGCUGUCCGCCAGGAGCAGAUCAGACUCUUGGCUCGCCUAAAACGACUUGCGGGUCCUGAGGAGGCUUUGUCAAGAGUUCGCACCGCCGUCAGGAAGGCUCGGAAGCAAAGAGCGGCAGAAAAGCGACAGAAAGGGACAGAGCAAGUCCCACGAGCCUCCACGCCGGCUGCCGAAGCGUCGAAUGUGGCAGAGGGAACUUUGAUGACUCCUCCUGCAACGCCUCGAACCGGUCGAUCGGUUCAGAUGGCCAGAGUAACACCUUUUCCUGAUAGUCUAUCCGAGAUGAUGACCCUCCUACCAUCCAACCGGGAGAUUGCACACGAAAUACUGGUCAAUGGCAGCUUUGAGGUACAACAACAACCUUGGACGGAGGCCCGUAAAGGGUUGAUGAACUCGCUCCGGAAUAGUAUGCGUGCAGAUCUCCAAGAUGGAGACCGAGAGGCCACCGCGCGGUGGACUCACUCCAUGGCCGGUCUCAUCCGCGAGAAGCUGAUGACACUCAUCAGUUCACGACACCCUCUUUAUGGGAAGGUUGAUGGCUUUUUGGACCCGGCUUUGAUCAGUCAACAGAGCCGGAACGGCAUGUUCUCGUACGACUCCUUUUUCAGGACUGUCGCAGGGGUGCUCGCACAGAUCUGCUCCCCGGGGCGAGACGAGAUCGUGCGUGCCUUUGACACCAAUUCGACCAGCGACACGGUUGACCGUCUGUUCGAACUCAUCAAUAUUAUCGAUUUGAUGACUUUAGACCACAUCAAUUUCCAGUUUAGAUUAGCCUCUCAGGCGGUGCUGGAACACGGACACGAGCACGAAAUUGCAUCGUUUGAACGGGAUCUUGAACAAGGUGUGCAUACACUGGCAAGAGCCAAGGAGUGGUGGGCAAAUGCGAAGUCGAGCGUGGGAUCUCAAACCGUGAGUGCAUCCGUGGUGUAUGCCAGAGGUCUGACCGACCUGGUCCUGCGCAACUCACAUCUUAGCUCUCGUGACAUUCCCGAGACGCUGCAGCUUGACCAUAUCCGCCUGCUGCAAUUACGAGCUCGAGUUUUCCAUGUCGUGUCCGUUUCCUCGAUUCUACUUACCACCAAGAUCCGACUCAGGCGCAACAGGGAGUCUCUGUGGGCCAAGGACGCAGAACGGCUGAUGGCUUUGGAUCUGUUGAAGGUCGACGCCAACCGGAUCGUCUCUCUGAUCGAAUCAUCCCACAUGAUGCCAGAAUCGACCAAAGAAGGCCUGGCCAACUUCGUCGGGCGGGUGCUGCCCACUGCCGCAGCUGCGUCGAGAAACCGCGAUGCAGCCGUGCAAGCACAGCAGGAUGCGGGCCAUGAUCGAACAAUGAACGAGUCCGCUGGGACGAGUAGCGCAGAUGUGUUCAGUGAGCAGAUUGCAACCUUCCUUCUGAAGACUCUGCGAGAACAUGUCUUCGCUAGACUCUCGGCAGCGAGCACGGCUGAGAGAGUCCGGACUACGACGGGCGCAGGCGAAGUUCUGGCACGCGCCGGUAUGCCAGAGUUCCUGGAAGAGGUGAAUCGACUUGUGGACACUCUCGACAGAGUUCGGCUGGUGGACUGGAAGUGUCACGAGAAAUGGUAUGGCCAGAUUGCCAGCGAGGUUGCUUAA